UUAAUUAAAUUAAACUCUAGUUCAUUCCACUGUUCUCUUUCACCAUUCAAGAUUGCAGAAUGUCUCCUAAUGUUGCCCACGGAUCCCAUGAAGACGUGAGUUCACUUUUAUCCUUUACUACUGUGCUGCAGUAUGAAUGUGACGAAGGAUAUGUUCUGGUUGGAGAAGCUAAGAUCACCUGCAGAAAUUCACGCUGGUCAUCUCCAGCCCCUCGGUGUAAAGCUCUGUGUCUGAAACCGGAGAUAGGAAAUGGAAAUCUGUCUGUAGAUAAGGAUCUGUAUGUUAAGCCUGAAAAUGUCACUGUCCAGUGUGACUCUGGCUAUGGCGUGGUCGGCUCUCAAAGUAUCACCUGCUCUGAGAAUGGAACCUGGUACCCAGAAGUGCCCAAGUGUGAGUGGGAAGUCCAUCAGGGCUGUGAGCAAGUGCUAGCAGGCAGUAAAUUCAUGCAGUGUCUCUCACGCCCAGAGGACAUGAAAACAGCCCUGCAGGUGUAUAAGCUGUCUCUGGAGAUUAAACGACUGCAGCAAGAGAGAGACUGAAGAGGAACUCCAGUUAGAAAUCAAUAUAUCUAUUUUUUCCUCCCUCCUCCCCACAAAAAUAGAGAAGUAGGUACAUUUCCCUUAUUAGCAACUUUACUAUUCCUUAAAUACUACUAUUUACUGGAAAAAAAUUUAUCUAUGUUAGGUGAAUCUUGAUAUUCUUAGUGCCACCGAUAACGUGGAGCUAUUGCUUCAGGAGUUUCCUAGGUUUGGUGCUUUCCUGGGUUUGGUGGAAUGGCCGAAAUAAAUAACCACCUGUCAAAAAUCCAGUGUCUUUGUUUCCACUUUGAUUCCUGUGUAAUGAAAAAUUAGGGCCCUAUACAUAUCACUUCCUGAUGUUUCUCUGAUUAACUUUCUAUUUUACUGUAUCAUAGAGUAUACGUGGUCCUCGAAAAUACGUACUUGUGCCUUGUCUGGAGUGUCUUUACCCUGCGUCUUCACUUCCUUCAGUACCCAGGUCAAAUAUCACGUCUUCCUCCAAGUCUUCUCCUUCCUCUCUCCAUUUGAUCACAGGUAUUUCUCUAGAACAACUUCUCACUUCAUCAUUCUAUUUAAGGUACAUUUGGUUUUGCUUGACAUCCCUUCCACUCAGUAAUAACCAGCCUGAAAGUCUUUGAAAGCCUGAUCUAUAUGUAACCCAAGUAUUCCUCCUGGACAUGCCAAGUCUUCCAAUUCAAUCUGAUCACUCUUUUCUUUAAUAUUUCAAUUUAAAUGGCUUUAGUGUCUCUCUUAGAUCAGAUUCCCCAGAAGCAGACCUUGAGAAAAAGAUUCAUGUGCAAGUAAUUUGUUAACGAAGUGUUCCAAGGAGAAACGGGAAAAGGAGUAGGAUGAGCAGGACAGAACAGGGAAGGAACCUAGCAGGGCCAUCAGGCAAAG